AGCUUUUCUAUCAUAAUAGAUGGUUCAAAAAGAUUUCUCGUUCUUCUAUCAAAUAUUCUGCUUUUUCCGAGAUACUUGGGUUCAAAUGUCCAUGGACUCGCUAUUUGUUUACUGACUUCAUAUAAUUCAGAAAAUAAUAGUUUUUAAAAGCCUCUGGUUCAUAUCUCUCAUCAAAAGGUACUAUAUCGGAUGGUGUUUACUGUCUAUCUAGCAAACUCCUUGUUAACCCUAGUGAUGAAUCACGAAAUUCAAAUUGAGAUGUCGUUCGUCGAAGAAAAUACGGAAAAGCUCUACGAGGGGUCAAAGAUAGGAUGCAUUCAAACCUUGAAGACACUCAUCCAAGACGACCCGCGUCUCAUUCAAAAAGUUCUAGUCUCUACCUCAAACAUCGAGAGUCCAUUGCACGUGUCGGUUUCGCAUGGUCAUCUUGAAUUCACUCGACUUCUUCUCGAUCACGACCCCGAACUUGCUGCCGAGGUCGAUGCGUCGCAACGAACGCCCCUCCACCUAGCUUCGGAAAAUGGAGACAUGGAGACCAUUCAAGCUUUGUUGGAGAAGAACACAAGUGCUUGCUUGGCUUAUGAUAACAAUGGGCUGAUUCCUCUGCACUGUGCAGUGAUUCGUGGGGAGAUCAAGAUCAUGCAACAGCUUAUCAAGGCAAGGCCACAAUCCAUUUGGAUGAAGCUCAAAAAUGGUCAAACUAUUCUACAUUUGUGUGUAGAAAAUAAUCAUUUGGAGGCGAUGAAGUUGCUGGUUGAAACAUUUGCGAUGAAUGGUGACAAAGACCUUGUCAACGCAAUUGAUGAUGCAGGAAACACAAUUUUGGAUUUAUCUAUAGUGCUAAGACAAAUUGAGAUGGUGGGUUACUUACUCUCGAUUCCAGAAGUAAAAACAAAAUUUGUAGGCACAAAAAGAUCAUCACCUACUCCAAAAUCAAUCAUCAAACGAAGAAACAGGAAUCUGAAAAUUAUGCAAAGACGAGGAGAAACUGCAUCGUUGUGCAGCAAAAAGAGGAGUGGGAGAAGGUGGGGGAAGGUAUGGAGAAACGAUGAGGAGUACAAAGCGGAAUGGUUUCAAGAAGUGCAAGGCAGAAUGAUGCUGGUGGCGACGGUGAUCGCAACCGUCACUUUUCAAGCCGCAAUCAACCCUCCAGGUGGCGUUUGGCAACAAGACACUCGAUACAAUUCAUCAUCAAGCAGCCACCAUUAUAAUCCCACACCUAACGACGGGACAAUUUUCCCAGCUGGAAGUGCGAUAAUGGCAUACCGGUACCAAGAAGCUCAUUUGGUUUACUUAAUGAUGAACACGGUGUCAUUCUUGGCAUCAGCGAGCGUGAUUCUAUUGAUCAUCAGUCGAUUUCCACUCAAAAAUAAGAUUUGUAGUUGGAUUUUGACACUAACCAUGGGCGCGGCGGUGGCGUUCUUAGCACUUGGAUAUCUACUGGGAGCUAGGUUGGUUAGCCUCAACGACGUGUAUUAUACAAAUGUUAGUGCGUAUAUAGGAUAUUCAAUAGCAUUUUACGUCUGGUUCGGGAUGAUCGCAUUGGUUAAUCUGUGCUACGUUCUUCGAUUUCUGGUUUGGGUGUUCAAAAUUAAAGCUUAUUGCGCAUUUUCACCUCUAAACUUGAAUAAUGAACGAUGAUGCCAUUGCCACACCUUCAAGUUUAAUUCAACCACGCAAUUA